AUACGAAGCAACCCUUCCUCGCCGCCUGUACCAAAACUGUUUUAAACAUACUUCUUCUUCUUCUCCACCUGCGAAUGUAUGGCUCGGGGUUUACUCAUGCUCCCACAUUAUAAACCAAACUCACACUUUAUCCAAACUGCCUUUUCUUCAUACCCAACUAAAUCUCCUAUCUUUCCCACUUCAAAAUUUGUUCGAUUCUUAUGUACUUGUUCCUCUAAUCCCCAAGAUGUACUCUCAAACUACAAAGAAACGUUCUCAAAGCGUAUGACCAUGGCUGGUCUCAAACCCCAUCACCGUAUUGCUGUGGGUGUUUCUGGUGGUCCCGACAGUAUGGCAUUGUGUUUACUAGCUGCUAAUUGGAAAACUAAUGGACUAGAUGCUGCUUCAAGGGUAAACAAUGGUUUCGUUGAUGGGUUAUUGGCGGUAAUAGUUGAUCAUGGAUUACGCGCAGAGAGUAAAAGUGAGGCAGAGAUGGUUCAAAAUCGGGUUCUGAAAAUGGGAAUCAGAUGUGAGAUUGCCCAUUGUGAAUGGAUCAAUGGCAGGCCAAAAUUGGGUCAUUUGCAAGAAGCCGCUCGAGAUAUUAGGUAUGAAAAACUACAACACAUUUGUAGUCAACACCAAACAGGAGUAUUACUAAUCGCGCAUCAUGCCGAUGACCAGGCAGAACUAUUUGUUUUACGGUUAUCUCGCAAUAGUGGUGUUCUUGGACUUGCCGGUAUGGCAUUGACCACACAACUGUUUUCAGCACGUUCGAAUUUUAACGAUGGAAUAUCGAAUAGUAUUUUACUUGUUCGGCCACUUUUGGAUUUCUCGAAACAUGAUCUUUAUAAGGUAUGUGAAGCGGAAAAACAGGAGUGGGUGGAAGAUCCCACAAAUCAAAAUACGAUAUUUGCACGAAAUAGGAUCCGAAUGUCAUUACGAGACUUGUCAUCAUCUAUAUUCAAGUCCGAGUUGCAGGCAGUUAUAUUAGCCUGUCGAAGAACUCGUGUCUAUGUUGACCAAAUUUGUCAAACGUUGAUUAACCAAUCAGUGACUGUUAUGCCUCAAGGAUACGCCGUUAUCGAUUUAGAAAUUCUAAAUCCAUCAGAAGUUCUGGAUAUCUGUCUUUCAAAGUUUGUGACACUCCUGUUGCAGUUCGUAUCACAAAGGCAAAGACCGGUUCGGGGCAAUGCACAGAAAUUGCUAUUGGAUUACUUUCGUACAUUCCCAUGCAAGUCUUCUUUUACUGCAGCCGGCUGCUACCUAUGCGCAGCCCCUGGUUCAAAAGGCACCAAGAUUCUCGUUUGUUGUUCGGUCAACUCCGCUUCACCUAUGAAAAUGGGAUCAUAUUAUGUCGAUCCUUUUGACAAACAAAAUGUUUACGUUUCAACGGAGUUAUCACAAAUCAUAGAAAACGGAAAAUCAUAUUCAAAUAAAACGGUACAAAACAUCUCAAACGUGCAUUUUCUGAACGCAACAUCUUCGGGGUCUAUUUUAACAGACGCCAAACGGGUCAAGAUUCUUAGCGAGCCAACGUUUACAAGCGUUUUUCAACUGUACAAAACCGAAUUCGAAAAGUUUCAAGCAAAACCCGAGACGUUAUCUGAUCAUAAGUCGAAAAAGGGUAUGGAAUUAGUCAAAGUCAACGAACUUGGUCAUGGGCAAAUUGGUCAUUUUAUGGAUAGGUUCUUGGUGUCGUGGGAGUUUGUCGGUGGAAAUGACGGUUGUCGUUGUUGUGGGUCCGGUCAAGAUUCGGUCAUGGAGGUGCGCCACAUGGUAGAUGCUGAUUGGUUGUAUCUUUCCGAAUUGACCAAAAGUACGAAUUUAGAAAAUUGUCAACUUGAACAAGCGAAAAGAAGUGUUUUGUUAUUAAAGUCUAUUCCAGUUGCUGCAAGAAGAAGUCUUCCGGUUAUGGUUAACCCUGAAGGGCGGGUUGUAAGCAUCCCGAGUGUCGGCUUCAGUAUUUGCAAGUGUUUGAAAGUAUCGGUUGAAUUUAGUCCCAGAGUACCUCUUGGUGGCGGUUACAGUUCAUUUUUAUGACCCUCUGACCUCUACUAACAGGUUCAAAACAGGUAAGUUUGACCUGUUACGUUGACUUUUCAUCAGGUCAAUGAAGAAACUAAAUGCAAAAUCUAACCUAUCAAUAAUUUAAUAUAGCAUAGUGUUGACUUGUCAAAUAGUAACAAUUUGUUUCUAAAUUCAGUAUUUUUAUUACAAGUCAGCAUACCAGGUGGACUCUUCCCUGCUUGUGGGACCCAUGCAAUCGUAUCGUACGGCUUAUUUUUAUUCACAAA